AUGUCUUCUAAGGCUGCAGCAGCAGCAGCAGCAGCGGAGCAGCAGCCGCUUGCUGCAGCUCUCAAUGUGACGCUGCAGUGCCUCAGGAAGUCGUUGGACGAGCUGCAGCAGCAGCAGCAGCAACAGCCGCAGCAGCAGCAGCAGCAGCAGCAAACUGAAGAAGGAGAAGCAGACAAGGAGCCCGAGAGGGCCUCGCUGUCUCUGCUGCAGGCGCUGCGCAUUUGUGGGGGCCUUGCUCCCCCAGCCGCCGACAACAGCAGCAGCAGCAGCAGCAGCAACGUAAUUCUGUCGCGUGGUUGCUUCGAGGUGCUGCUGCGUGCUGCAGCAGCAGCGCCGAAAGUGCCUGUGCAGGCAGCAGCACGGCGGCUGCUGCUGCGGUUUGUCUCCCGCGUCUGUGAGCAGUUGCAGCAAGAAGAUGCAGCAGCAGCAGCAGCAGCAACAGCAAGCUUGGGGUCUCUUACGACGGCCCUGGUAAGGGCGCUGAAACAGCAGCAGCAGCAGCAGCAGCAGCAACAGCAGCAGCUGCUGCAGCACAACAGCGAAGAGGGCCGGUUACUGCUGCUGCUGCAGCGGAUUCUGCCUCAAAUUCUGGGGUCCAUCGCCCGCCGCCUUGACUCUCUGCAGCAGCAGCCGCAGCAGCAGCAGCAGCAGCAGCAAGAGCUGCUGAAGCAAAAGGAAAGAGCAGAGGGUUUGUGUCUGCUGCUGCUGCAGCAAAAGGGCCCCAAGGGGCUGCCUGCAGCAGAAAGCCUAGAAGCACUAGGCGUUAUAUUGACGGAUUUGCUGCACCAGCGGCGCAUGCUGCUGCAGCAGCAGCUGCUGCUGCAGCAAGAUGGCCAGCAGCAGAAGCAGCAGCAGCAGCGGCUUGCUGCAGGGGUGUCUUCGUUGUCGAUUGCUUCGCAGCUGCUGACGCGGCUGCUGCUGAAGAAGGGGCGCGUUUACAGCAGCAGCAGCAGCAGCAGCAGCAGCGGGGGCCCCAGGGAGGUUGCUGCUUGGUGUUCUGCAGGGUCUGCUGCUGUUGCUGCUGUUAUGCUGUGGGCCAGCGAGGGACUGCAGCAGCAGCAGCAGCAGCAGCGUGGCAAUGACGCAGCAGCAGCAACUGCAGCAGCUGCGGAGGCAGAGCCAGCAGAUGCAGCAGAAGAACAGCUGCGCGCCCUUAUGGACAAGCUCAGCUUGGAGAACUCCCCUCAGGGGCAGCAGCAGCAGCAGCAGCAGCAGCAGCAGCAGCAGCAGCAGCAGCGGGGGAGGGGCUGUUUGCCUGUCUUUGGUGCAGCAGUUUGUUGCUGCUCUUGUGGGCAUUGCAAAUAA